AGAUACCCACAGGAGGCCAGUACUUCUUUGACGAUAGAGCCCUCUCAACCUUCGUCGCUCUUAAACCUAUUCCAUCCGCCGGUCCUCAGCUCUACCGCGCAGUACCCCCAGGACGGAAGUGCCUUUUUCCAGUCUCAAGCGGCUGGUCAUCAUCAUCUCUAUCCGGGUAUAGACGUCCGCUCUCGACUGGGUUCCAAGUACGUCCUCUGCUUUCUUCUUGAUUCUUGAGCCCCUCAGCCCUCUCAUACUCAUCUCUUCCUCACCACCCAGGUUGAGGAUCACGUCGCGACCGCACACCAUACCCAUUAGAUCUCAUACUUCUCUUCCCUUUUUUCUUUGGAUCUCCUUCUUCUCUGACCAUCUCGUCUCCUGUGUCCAAGAAUAGACAGAGACAUGAGCUGGUUGGACCGAUUAUGAUAGACGCCGAAAAGAAGCUCUAUCGAGCAUUGCAGACAGAGUAGGAACUGACUGCUGCCGGCAGCAACUCAUCUACGACGGGGAUGGCACAUCCCUAUCCCCCUUCGCAUCGCACCCCAGGCCUCCCGCACCCUGGUCCCCCGAUCAGUACUCGAGAACAGUACGGUCCUGCUACGCCAGGGUUUAGGAGGCCAUCCGAGCAUUCUGUUCGAUCGCCCUCCUUUGCUACACAGCCAAGAGGAAGACAUCCGCUGUCGCCAACAAUAAGCCCCAACGCGGGCUUCUCAGCUCCAAGUAUGGGCUCGAGCGGGUACGGCGGUAGGCCUUCUCAGAACAACAUUCCUCCCCUGCAACCAGUUCACAUGCUGGGAAGCCUUCAAUACAACGACGGCGCAGGAACACCUGUCAAGGUGGACAUUUCAGGUAUCAUUGACAAAGGUUUCUUUUUAUCGGAGAACGAGUGGACAUGUUACCGGAGGAACUACUUCUCUUGCGUUUGCUCCUUUUCUCUGAGCCCUCACAUUCCCAACGUCACUAUUCAGUACACUGCUAGUGGCUCAUCGCAACCCGUUCCGAUCUUUGGAUUCGCCAUGUCCAUCUCCGCAGUUGUCUCCGACAAUGAGCAACACAACAUCGAGCUGGUACAGCAUACGCCAAAGAGAGACAAGGGGCCCAUAAUGAAGCCCGAAAAGGUGCGGCUCAGCAACAAGCCCCCACAGGCAAGCCACCACCUCCAUAUGGGCAUGUUCUCAGACUCGGUCGUACCCAACCGCCCUGUAUACCCCGACAAUUUCAGCAAUCAGCCUGGCAGCCAACAGUUACCUACAGAGCAUACGUUUGAACGCAUUCAAUUCAAGCAAGCUACCCAGAACAAUGGGAAGCGCAGAGCUGCUCAGCAAUACUACCAACUGGUUGUCGAGCUCUGGGGCGAGGUCGCUAAUCAGAGCAGUGGCGAUCAAUACGUCAAAAUAGCUACGCGUAAGUCGGCCAAGAUGAUUGUCCGAGGCCGCUCGCCAGGGCACUAUCAAAACGACAGACGCGGAAGCCAAAGCAGCGGACCUGGAGGGUCGUCGGGCAACAUGGGAGGCUACACUGUCAGCGGCGUGGCCGACUUCAACAACCCCAUGAUGGGCGGCCCAAGCUACGCCACUGGUGGUUUUGAUGCCCGCAGCAGUCUCUAUGGUGUCCGUCAUCACGAUAUACCGCACGAGUCGAUGAUUCCUCCGGAGGAUUCCAAGGCCAUCGGCACGACCCGAGAGUACCAGUACUACCCAGCUCCGAUGUACGAUGCGCAGAGCGACCGGAUCGAUCUAUUCAAUCCCCGUGGGGAACGCGAUCACAACGUUGUGCCGCACAUGGCCACCGGAAUGGACAUGAGUAGCAAAAUCAAGCAUGACUACGACGGCGCCGCUCUACCCAGCAUCUUCCACCCACCAGCCCAGAUUAAUGAUCGUCCGCCAGGACCCUUCGAGGGCAAGUCAACCUCGAGCGGGUACUACCCCAUCCCAUCAUCCGGCAUCAACAUGACCAUGACAUCAUGAUCGGCUGCUACAAGAUGUUACCAACAUUGCAGUGUCGAAGUUGGCGAUUGGAAAAGAGGGAGCGCAUGACCAAGGAGACACGAAGUUGUCGGCGUUCACGGACCAUACUAAGGCGUUACGGAGUCCAGCCUGUGUCCAAAAAAUGGAAGAAAAAUAAAGGCAAAAUCUCGACACAAACAUCAGCAUAGUCUGGAGCAAGAAUACGAGCAUGGCAUUGCAUAAGUUUAGG